AUGCCUACACUCCGCAAGAACCUGGAGCUUCAAGAAACAUGGACAGCAAGCGUCACCUUUGAAACAAGAAAGCCAGCUAAACUGUUCGACAAGACGGACCCUGACUGGGCUCCGUCGCUUCUCCUCGGCUACAGUGCCAAGAACACGGACCCCUCACGACACAGACGCCUCGAAAAACGACGCGCCGUAAAGCGGCAGGCGGACGCCAAAAAGCGGGAAGCCGAAGCACAGAAACGGCGUGCCGAGGCCGACGCGGCAGCGUUAGGGAUCCAGCAGUGUGCCGAUCGGCCACUCUCGCCGCACCCGACUGGAGAAACCGACGCUGACGAAAGUGAUACAGGUGUUACAGUGCAGACAGAGAUGACCAUGGAGGACAUUCAGCUACUGGAGAAACAGUGCAUUUCACUGAAUGAACACCUCUAUGCCGCCCGUGUCGAGAAAGAGGAGCUUGAGAUGUCGGAAAAGUCACUAAGGAGUUGUGACAGAAAAGUCAUGUUCUACACAGGGAUGGCAAACUUCACUGUUCUCUCAGCUGUCUUUAAAGUUGUGGAGAGUGAUGUAUCCCACAACAUCAACAACAGCCUGUCAAAAUUCCAGGAAUUCAUCCUCUUCAUGAUGAAAAUCAAGGUGAACCUUCACAACACCGACCUUGCAUUUCGCUUCAACAUUUCUGAAGCAACAGUAUCGAGGAUUUUUGACAAAUGGCUGCACGGUGCAUAUUGUCGGCUUAAAUCGCAGAUAGCUUGGCCAGGGCGUGAGGCACUGCAGCGUACUAUGCCACAAGAGCUGCUGUCACAGGCGAUCAUUUUGCCAGUCUCUGGCCCUCGGCAGAAGCAGUACGCAUCCUCACUGGCCGUCUGA